GCAUGACGCAUCUGGGCCGGCAGUGAAGCCGCAAGAUGCACCCAUUCAAGGAUGAGAAAACGGAGGCUUGGGUGGGAGCGACGAUUUGCUGGGGUCACACAAGAGAGCUCGUGGAGAUAGGGGGACAUCUUGUGGGCGUGGCUAUUCCAAGAAGGGGACAGCGAGAGGGGUGCGGGGCCCCCGGACACGCAUGCCCCACUCUGGCGUUGCUAGGCGCACGGUUGCCGGGUGACCCGUGCUGUUGACCGUGGGGCCGAAGCGCCCGGGCUCGCUGCGCGCUCGCCGCCCCCAUCAUGGCCUCUCGCAGCGCGGGCACCCUACUGACAGAGUUCAAUGCCGCCUACGUGCCCCCCGGCCUCAUGCCCGGGUACAAAGGCCACGUUCCUGGCGUGGCCUUCUCUUUCGGCUCCCCCUACGGCACCGCCACCCUCAAGUACUUCCAGGACCAGCGCAACGCAGCCCUGGGGAGGAGCUCCACUGCCUUCAGCAGAGGCGGCCACUUCCUGACCAUCUACUCCCCAAACCCCACCCAAGUGCUGAGGGACCGUGCCCUCACCCGGGACCACUGGAUGCACACCCCCAGCUACACCCGCUUCAACCUGGAUAGCAGCCGCUGGGCCGAGCUCUCGCACUUCUACCAGAUGGCGCAGCGGCAUCGGGAGCACUAUCAAGACAAGACAGGCUUGGUGCACCGGGUCCCCUACUUCGUGCUGCCCGUGAAGGAGUGGGAUCGGUACCCCAUCCCCACCGACCUGCCUCCUCUGAGCCCGAAGGAGAAGUGGCAUCUAUUAAGAGUGGCCCCUGAGAACCCAAGGACCUACCAGACAUUCCCAUCGGGGAAGAGGGUCUCCCCACAGGAGCGGCAGAGGCGGGACUGCUACUUUGAAUUCAGAGCGUGACACCUGAGAGCCAAGGCCCUGACAAGGUUGGCUUUCUGGAAUAAAAUCUUUAGC